GCUUGGCAAAGGGCAUGCCUCCAAGUUCCCGUCACCUUUUGAAUGGGAUCGCGUUUUGAAUCGAGAGAUGAUCUCGCUGAGUCCGCUUCAUCUGAAGAUGAGCUUAGCCGACCAUUUUCUGAUGGCAGCGACCAGCGGCGGCGGAUGAGUAAUGACGAUCAUCGUAGCGUGCAAUCGGGCACUCCGGACCUAACAGGUGUGAUGUCUGAAGUGUCACGCCCUCCGCUCGAGCCUCCGUUCUCUCCUUCCCGCCCCAGACGUCGAUACUCGUACAACGAGGAAGACGAGACCACUGCCCUCGAUGGCGCUGAGGGUCCUAGCGCGAAGCCGGUGUCGUGGCGCUCGCUUCCGAAAAAGGGCCAGUUGGCCAUCAUCACCGUUGCCCGUCUAGCAGAGCCUCUUGCACAGACGUCGCUUCAAGCCUAUAUGUUCCACCAGGUGAAAUCCUUCGAUCCAUCGCUUCCAGACUCUACGGUUUCCACACAAGCAGGUAUCUUGCAAGGAUGCUUUACUGCUGCGCAGUUUGCUACGGGUGUGAUAUGGGGACGGCUAGCAGACACCGAAUUCUUUGGCAGGAAGCGGGUGUUGCUUAUAGGACUGUUUGGUGCCUGCUUAUCCUCUGUUGGUUUUGGUCUCUCUAAGUCCUUCGCUGCCGCUGUGGUCUUCCGAAUACUAGGCGGUGCAUUGAAUAGCAAUGCGGGAGUGAUGAGAGCGAUGAUUGCAGAGAUAAUCGAAGGGAAAGAGUAUCAGUCGCGAGCGUUUCUGCUUCUACCUAUGUGCUUUAACACUGGCAUGAUCUUGGGACCGAUACUUGGUGGGAUUCUAGCAGACCCGGUCAAGAACUACCCUGGAUUAUUUGGUCCCGGCUCCCUGAUCGGUGGCAAAGAUGGUGUCUGGUGGAUGAAGCAAUGGCCCUACGCAUUACCAAAUUUCAUCAGUGCAUUGUUCAUGUUAAUCGCACUUGUUGCAGUGUUCUUGGGACUUGAUGAAACACACGAGAUUGUCAGACAUCGUUCCGAUUGGGGUCGCUGGUUGUGGAAAAAGGUUGCAAGGCGGCCAUCUUCUUACACUUAUCGACCGCUCAACCAAACGUUCGACGAAGAAAGAGUGGACUCCAUCGACUUACAGCCCAGUGAACCAUCUCGAUCCGCACCAGCGAGUCCCACGACCAAUCGAACACCCACCAUCCGUCGCAAGCGCCCUCCGUUUCGACAAGUUUGGACCCGGAACGUUCUCCUUACCCUGCUCACCCACUUCGUGCUUCCACUACACACGAGCGCUUUCAAUGCUCUAUGUUUCCUAUUCCUGCCGGCGCCCCGCGCUCCAAACAGUCGCGAGGGUCUUUUCCUCUUCGGAGGCGGUCUAGGGAUGCCCAGCUCUCGCGUCGGCCUAGCAACCGCCAUAAUUGGAAUCAUCGGUCUGCCAUUCCAGAUACUCGUCUACCCGCGAUGGCAGUUCCGCCUCGGCACGUUGAGAGCAUUCAGGGUAUUUUUACCUUUUUCUCCUCUGGCCUACUCAUUGGCACCUUUUCUCGUCCUGUUACCAGAUCGAUCGUAUGUCAUCUGGCCUGCCCUGUCGGCUGUGAUAUUCCUGCAGGUCAUUUCGAGGACAUUUUCUAUUCCGGCGACUGUUAUCCUGGUUAAUAACUCUGUGCCUGAUCCCAGCGUCCUAGCCACGGUACAUGGUGUAGCGCAAAGUGUCGCAUGCGGUGCAAGAGCAGUAGGCCCGCUACUUGCUGGAUGGGGAUUGGGCCUGGGGUUGAAAAAUAACAUUGUGGGAGGUGUCUGGUGGGCGCUAGCUUUGAUAGCGAUACUCAAUUGGGCUCUUACUUGGACCAUAUUUGAGGGAAAUACGGAGAAAGGAAAAGGAGAUAAAACACACCAUUCUCCGUCUCAAUGAACAAUCGCAAGGGAAUGCCGUGCCGACCUGAACGUGAUCUUUUGGUUUUGGCUAUCCUGUAAAAGAAGUCUGAUUUUGUGAUCGCAUGUUUUGGUAUAUGUGAUCCACACAUAUAUCCAAUCCGGGUUAUAUGUACAUACAUACAUACAUACAUACAUACAUACAUACAUCCGCGCAUAUAUGCUAUUAAAUCCGAA